AUAACACGACGUCGUAUAGUAUAAUUAUUAUAUAUACUCACUACUCAGAUAAUAAUCGGACUCGUCGACGAGAUCUAUCGUCAGGAUCUCAGAUUUGUCACACUCUCGGUGAUCAUCCGGCGACAAUGAGCUCUCCGGGAAUAACGAGUAUGUUCACAAAUUUCACUAAGCUCUGCAAAGGACUUGCUCUUGUGCUUGUGGUGGGACACCUCCUAGUUCAGUUCGUUCCCGCCACCGUCCCUUACCUCGCUCUCAUUCCGGCGAGGACUAUUCCUUUUGGCUGGAACCUGAUUACUAGCGGCUACUUUGAACUCUCUGUACAUGGGGUUGUCAUCAGCACGGUUUCUCUCCUCUUUAUGGGGAAGUUUCUGGAGCCUGUCUGGGGUUCCAAGGAGUUUCUUAAGUUCAUCUUUGUGGUGAACUUCCUUACGUAUCUCUGUGUUUUCGUCACAGCCAUUGCUUUGUACUACAUUACAAGGCUCGAAAUCUACCUAUAUAUGCCCUUUGCAGGUUUUCAUGGUGUCUUGGCAGGCCUUCUUGUCGGGAUUAAGCAGAUAAUACCUGACCAGGAGGUGUUGCUCGUAAAGAUCAAAGCAAAGUGGUUGCCCUCUAUUACGCUAGUUUUGUCAAUAGCCUCAAGCUUCUUCACACUAAAUUCAGCAGCGUACCUUCCCACUUUGAUAUUCGGUACAUAUAUGGGCUGGUUAUACCUCAGAUACUUUCAGAGGAGAACAGAGACAAAGCUCAGAGGUGAUCCGAGUGAUGACUUUGCCUUCUCUACUUUCUUUCCUGAACUUCUCAGACCGAUAAUUGACCCUAUAGCCUCAAUCUUUCACCGGAUGCUUUGUGGACGAUCAAAUGCCACCAGCGAGGACCAUGGUUAUACUACCAGCGGUGCUCCAUUACCCGGUUCUGACUCUGCUGAAGCAUCUAGGAGGAGAGAAAGAGGAGCAAGGGCUCUAGAGGAGAGACUUGCAACUGAAAGGUUGGUUCCUCCAAGGAACAAAGAAGAGUUACAGAGUGAUGCUUUGGAUAGCGUUUAAGUGGAGACUGCAACUAGUGUAUUGAAGAAGCUGUGUGAGGGUUCUUACUUGUUUCAGGUGGACAGUGUUUAUUUUUUGUUAAUUAAAUUGGCUUUAUACAGAAUCAACAAGCUAGUCCGUAAAUUCCUAAUGACAGCUCGGAAAGUUAGUGCAUUUCCUUGGACAAACCAACCCGUUAGAAACGAACAAGUUUCCUUGGACGAGAGAAUAUAAAAGUUAUUCAUGUUUCACAUU